AUGCAACCCCAGCUCUCCCCUCUCAAAAAUAGUGGUGGGCUGCCACGGAUGGAUCCGUUCUUUAGUGCAGGACAACAGGGUGCAAGUCAUGAACCACAAGUCAUGAACAACAACGGCCUAUAUUUGUUCGGGUGUCAGGCACAUGUGGGGUCAGCGUCGUCGUCAUCUGGCCAAGGAACACCAUAUCAAGGGACAUCAUCAGCACAAGGGAUGCCAUACAACAGUGGGACUCACAUGUUUCCAUACAGCGAAUCACCCUCGCUCGCACCCCAGCCUCAUCAGAGGGGUCCAACACCUGAUUAUCAGCCUUUGUUUAGCGUUGCUGGAGGUUCUUACAUGAAUCAACCCUCACCUGAUCCAUCUGCAAAUCUACAUUCCACGCAUACUAAUCAAGAUGCAUUAAUGAAUGCCUGCCUUCAAAAUGUCUUAGAGUGUCUUGACGCAGCAGAAAAGAAGAUUGAGAAGCUCGAAAACGAAGGUGCAGACAAGGGCAAGCCUUCCAAGAAGGCUGCAACCAAGAACAUUUCAAACGAUCAUCCAAUCUUAAAGCCUCUCAUUCAUCCAAUUUUCUUCGAGUUGUGUGAUGUAGAUCCGUCGCUCAGCAAGGUGAAGCGAGUAGAAGCGUUGAUAGGUAUCAAACCAUUACUGAACGGAGAACUGUUUGAGAUCUUGAUCGAGGGGGGCCCUAAAGUAUGGCGUCCAAACUGGCUAGGAAAAUUUGAUUCUGCUGUCAAUGCAAAAUUUGUUCAAGAAGUAGUAGACCGUGUGUGGAACAACGAAAUGAACCUUUGCUCUACUUCUUCCAAAGGUGAGAUACCAGAUGAUGAUUUUAGCAGGCCUAUUAUCACGGAGUGUGCGAAAGGGUACUGGAGAAAUAUCCAUAAGCAGGUUGAUGAUAAGAGCACCACAGAGAAAGUUGACAAGGCCGAAAAACGCAAGAUAACUCUAUGUCGAUGUGGCCGUCAUCAAUAUGUGACUAAGAUCAGGCGCAAAGCUGCCUUGCAGUAUGAGAAGGAGACUGGCAAUAAAGAUGCCAUCGCCAUGAUCGAUACUGACUAUGCCUCCGAAACCCAUACAUGUGAUGAAGCAACUCUGUCGGAUGAUUCAAAAAUGCGGCAGCAGGAGGCAGGAGUGGGCAAGGCAGCAAAGAAGGUUAUCAGGUUUCAAUGGCGACAUCCUGAUUUGGUUGCGUUCUUCCGAUUUCUGACCCUGAAAAGCAUGCAGGAUGAUGGCGGUUCAGAUGAUGAGGAAGCAGUAGAGGACCCACCAACCAGUGAACAUCCUACAAAGCGCCGAAAAACAGUACUAAACCCCAAAAAGGUGUACAAGAAGGUUUUUGAUGUGUCGCCUGACCACUUGUUCGAUCGUGUGCCAUCUUCCAGCAAGAAUUCCGUACUGUUUGCGAAUAUGGUCAGCGCCAAGUGGAAGGAAAGCCAUCCUGAUAUGAAGCUUCUGGAGGGAGUACCGUGGUUAAAAGGGUUUUAUGAGCGCAUGAAGGACUCCAAAGAAUUAUUCGCCAAAGAUCUUACCUAUUUAGAGGAACUCGAAGACUGGCAUUUGUAG